UUUCGAAUCAAAACAAAUGGAAUUUUCAAAUAUUUUUUGAAGUUUGGGCGUCAACGACAAACGAAAUGAUUUUUCAUUGAAAUUUAAAGAAAAGUCCUUAAAUAUUUGUAUUAUAAGAUGGCAGUCACGAAACUAUAUUAUUCAUUCAUCAUUUGUUCCAUAUUCAGUACAAGUUUCGCUUUGGAAUGUUAUGUGUGUACCAAUCAGCAAGACAAUCACGAAAAGUGUUUGAACACGAUCAAAACUUGCGAACAAGGCGAAGAAAUGUGUUUGUCGGAAAUCAAAUGGGGAUCUCCUCCGUAUUGGUCUCGUGGAAGCGAAAAACAGUAUUACGUUUCGAAGAGAUGCGCCACUCGAGAUAACUGCACCAGAAUAAUAUCUAAAGCGAUGUCAACAUGUAAUUAUAUUUGGUACCUCGAUUGGAAAUGUGCCGAAUGUUGUGCAGGAGAUAGGUGUAAUUAUUACGUAACGCUGACCGGAAGUUCGAUUCGAUUCAACGUUUUUGUUACCAGUAUCUGCGCAUCAGUGGGACUUUUAAUUGGCAAAUUUUUGUUCUGAUUUAAUAUCAUCGUGUUCAAAGUAUGUUCUCCUUUCAAUGUAAUAUUUUUUUCGAGAAUCUCUAAUUACGUAGGUUUGCGACCUGCAUCCAGUAUUACUUAUGUUUUCGUAAGCUAUGAGUCAUCCGUCCAUUUUGACAUGUUGAUGUUUUGCUAGCAUUAGAUACCUGAUGUACGUUAUAUUAUCAUUCCUACUUGUAAUUGAAAUUUUACGAUUACGAUUCUUCAAGAUUUUGAUGAAAUGUGAAUUAUCCGUCCAUGUUUUUCUAUCAAUUUUUAUACUUACGUGUAUUUUUUUUUUUUUUUACUUAAUUUAAUGGUAUUCAGUUUUAAUUUUUUUUAUAUUUCACAAUGUUGUGAUUUUAUUUAUUUAUUCUAAUUCCAAGUGUUGACUUUCACACUGAAGUGUUACUCGAUUUAUGGUGAUAUAAGUGAUUUGUUAAAAAUAAAAUAGUCGGUAAGAUUAUAUUCAACUUUUGAAAAAAAAAAUAUUGUGGAUGUUUUUAUAUAGACAGAAUUUUUGUAUAAAACGAUUUUUAAUUAAGAAUUUUUAUAAAAAGUGAAA